AUGGUUUUUGGGUUUAUAUGAACCAUGCUAGUCAAUCCAGGAAAUGAUUCUCCACAUUCCAGCCAUAACAAAAAUACACGCACAAGCUAUUUUGGGAGCAAUGUCUAUGAUAAAGUCCCUGCAUCCCUAAGGUGGAUGUCAUUAAUGUACUUUCUGGUCGCUACAAUUGGAGCACUUUUAGUUCGGAGUAAAUCAAAAGAAAAGAAAAAAGCGAAGUCCACUCAAAAAAUAUCAUCUAUAGUUCAACAAAAGGAAUUUUGGCUGAUGUUUUUUAACUUUUAUUUUCUUUUUGCUCCAUACAGUUUUAUUUUUACAAAUUGCAAGAGCAUUGGCUUAACAAAAAUCAAAAAUGACCACUUUUUUGCUUAUUUAGGCUCUGCUGGAUUUUUUUCAGCAUGCAUUGCAAGACUGAUAUGGGGAUAUUUGGUAGACAAAUAUGGCUGGAGAAAAAUUGCGUUAUUUUCAUGCAUAAUUCAGACUUUAGUCUGUGCUUCGAUUUACUAUGUAAUAGAAUUCGAAGAAUUAUAUGCUAUUUGGGUUCUUGUGGAGUUUAUAUUUGGCAGUGGGACUUAUCUUAUCUUAAUGAUGGGAUGUUCUGCUUUAUAUCCUAAAGAUGAUUGGGUAGUUUCCUAUUGUGGAAUUGGGAUGACUUUAAUUGUCGCUACCUUAUAUGGUAUUCAGUUAUCAAUCACUCCAGUAUUUUUUAUAUAGAUAAUUGGCUAUGGAUUUACAUUUAUCAUACUAGUUAUCUGUGUGAUUAAUAGCUUUGUCCUUACUUAUUUGACUCCGAAUGCUGCUCCCAAUGAAAAGCAAGAUGUUUUCUUAAUUAGCCUUACUUAUCAAUUAUUGAAAAUUUUUUUACUAUUAAAUCAACAAUUUGUCUGAUGUGUGAUGCCUAGUUUUAUUAUCCCUUGCUUCACUCCCAAAAAAGCAAGAUUUUUUAUUAGUUUGCCAAACUUACUAAACCUAAUUAAUUACCAUAUAAAUAUUAUGGAGCACGAAGAAACAGUUGAGACCUCAGCUUCUGGAGCUUCUGAAACCUAUCCAUCACAGGUAGGAUCCGUCAAAAAAGGAGGCUACUGUGUCCUCAGAGGACACCCAGUUAAAGUUAUGGAAAUCGCCACAGCUAAAGUCGGAAAGCAUGGCUCAGCCAAAGCCAAAAUUACAGGAAUAGAUGUCUUCACAGGGAAUAAAUACGAAGAAAUCCACCCGACCGCGCAUAACAUUGACAUCCCAAACAUUACAAGAAUUGAUUACACCCUCUGCGAUAUCGCCAGAGAUGGGUUCGUCUCGUUGAUGGAUGAAGAAGGAAACACAAAGGAAGAUUUACGCCUUCCUGAUGACGAAGAAGGAGCUAAAAUUCGCUCUUUGUUCGAAGCAGGACAAACUGUGAGUGUUACUGUUAUGAAGGCUAUGGGACAGGAAAGAAUCAUGGCUGGUAAAGAAAUUUAA